GCAUCCUAACUAGUAACACUGUCACCUGCAGCUGGUAUCCUGGCUGGUGACGUCAGAUUCUUGACGUCUCACGUCGACCUGACGCUGUGCUGCUGCGGUGAAGCCCCGCCCCUCCCCCCGUCAACAACUGGACUCCAGCUAUUUGUAAUUUCACUGCUAGCCUGCUAACGAUGAUUCAUUGCGUUCGAAAAAAGCCAAUUUAACCUAAUCUGGGGGACAUUUAUUUUUCUGUCGUGUGCUUGCAACAUACUCCAUCGAUAGCUGGUGCCGAUGUGCAUUAAAUGUGAGCCAAAGGGCCGACGAGAGCGGUGAUAUCUUGUGGCUCACCGUCCUUUAGCCGCCUCGGAGAGCAGCUACUACUAGCACCUCCGGAGAGAGUUAGCUGGCUGACAGCUGGCUCGGCUAGCUACGUGCCUUCAACAGUAACGUAGCUAAGAUUUACUGCCCGAAACAAUGCAUUCUCUCUGACAUUGAGAGGACUGAUGCCCAGUUGGUUGACACAUUGGAGUAACUAAAACUAGCUAAGGUGCCAUUGAAGAUAACAGGGUGAGCCGUCAUUACACCUGCCGAUGCGCCCCUGGUUCUGAUCAGAGCUGCCAAUAUGAUGCCGAUGAUAUUGACGGUGUACCUCAGCGAUGGGGAGCAGGCUGUGACGGAGGUGCCCAUCACCCCUGAGACGACGUGCCGGGAUGUCGUGGAGUUCUGCAAAGAGCCCGGGGAGAGCGGCUGCCACCUGGCUGAGGUCUGGAGAGGCAACGAGCGAGCGAUCCCCUUCGAACACAUGAUGUAUGAACAUCUUCAGAAAUGGGGGCCUCGGAAACAAGAAGUCAAGUUCUUCCUCCGGCACGAAGACUCACCGACAGAGAGCAGCGAUCAAGGGAGUCAGCAGUCUCAGGAUCAAACGAGUCGCAGAAGUGGAAGCAGCGGAGAGAAGAACAGUGAGAACGGGGUGGGGAAUCAGCGUGUGGAGCUCACGCUGUCGGAGCUGCAGGAGAUGGCCACACGGCAGCAGCAGCAAAUCGAGGCUCAGCAGCAGAUGCUAGUCGCAAAGGAGCAACGUCUGCGCUACCUGAAGCAGCAGGAGCGGCGUCAGCAGCAAACCGUUUCAGAGAGCGAGAAGCUGCAGAAGCUGAAGGAUCGCGUGGAGAACCAGGAGGCAAAGCUCAAGAAGAUCCGGGCAAUGAGAGGCCAGGUGGACUACAGCAAGGUCAUCAAUGGCAACCUGUCGGCAGAGAUAGAGCAGGUCAGCGGCCUGUUCCAGGAGAAGCAGGGGGAGCUGCAGUCUGCGGUGCUGAGGGUGGAGCAGCUCAGCCUGCAGCUGGAGGACCUGAGGAGGGGGAAGCUCAACGGCAUUCAGACCGCUCUGGGGGGCCAAGUCAGCGGCGCUGCAGCCCUCGAGCUCCGCAAACUGUACCAGGAGCUUCAGAUCCGGAACAAGUUGAACCAGGAGCAGAACAGCAAGCUGAAGCAGCAGAAGGAUAUCCUGAACAAACGCAACAUGGAGGUGACGCUCAUGGACAAACGCAUCAGCGAGCUGCGGGAACGUCUCUACAAGAAAAAAGCUGAGCUGAACAGAGCCAACGGGCCCCCCUCCCCUCAGCCGGCUGCUGGUACUCUGGGCCGCGUCGCUGCCGUGGGGCCGUACAUCCAGGUGCCUGUCCCGGGCCGACAGGAAGGAGGCUACAACAUCCCCCCCGAUCCCCUCAAGCCUCAGACUCUGGGCGUCAAUAACCAAGCCAACCACGGCCGCACCAAGUCAGACGGUGUGCGAAAGCCUCCUGGUCCUUGGAAAGUGUCUGAUUUAGACAUCGUUGUGGACCCGGUACCCCCGUCCCUUCAGGAAUCACAGUCGGGCCCCCGAGCCUCCACGGGCUCUGACGGCACGUCCCCGAGUGAAGCUGGUUGGCCUACUUUAGGCAAGUCAAACUCAACUCUGAAGCCUCCUGAGAGACGAAACUCAGGGACUGACACCCAGGGCAAGAGCCCUCCCUCAGGCUCCCCCGUCACUCCGAGUGCAGACAAGGUGCUAGACUCCAAAAUGGUUGUGUCCUCCCCCGCCAUAUCAAAGCCACAGCCGCCCCCCUAUGGCUCCCACCUCAUCUCAGCAAACUCGGCCACCACCUUGGAUCGACGCAAGGAAGUUCCUCCUCCUCCUCGCCCCCUCCCAAACCCCCCAGCUCCGGCGUGGCCCCGCACCCCCGCCACCACUGGCUCGUCCUCGCAGCAGAUCCAGCAGCGGAUCUCGGUGCCGCCGAGUCCCACCUUCCAGCAGAACGCCCCGCUCUUCCCCCCAGGGCUGAGCGAGCGGCUGGACCCCCUCCCAGCUGUGGCAGUGCGCCCCUUCAUCCCAGACAGAGGGUCACGGCCGCAGUCGCCCCGAAAGGGACCGCCUACCAUGAACUCAAGCUCCAUCUAUCACAUGUACCUCCAGCAGGCAGCGCCAAAGAGCCAGCCGCUCAAACCGGCACUCAAAGCAGUAUAUGGGAAGCCUGUCCUCCACCCCAGCUCGACCCCCCCCUCGCCUCUGCCUUUCACCCAGGCCGGAGGAGCCUUCCCGUUGCUCCAAGGCCAUCUCAUUGGUGAGGACUGUAUGGACGGAGAAAUGGAUGAUCAGGAGUUCUACCAGCACCCAGAGCCCUUAGCCCCUCCCCCCAGCGUGGAGAACAUCCCACGGCCGCUCAGCCCCACCAAGCUCACCCCCAUGGUUCACUCCCCGCUGCGCUACCAGAGCGACUCAGAUCUCGAGGUGCUACGUAAGAAGCUGGCGAACGCUCCGAGGCAGCUGAAGAAGCGCAGCUCCAUCACAGAGCCGGAGGGCCCCAGCGGCCCCAACAUCCAGAAGCUGCUCUACCAGAGGUUCAACACCCUGGCAGGGGGCAUCGAGGGGAAUGGAGUCAGCGGGUCGGGAGGAGGCAACGGUGCAGGUAACGGAACGCCAUUUUAUCAGCCGGCGAACCCUCCUGCGUAUCUGGGAGGCGACUCGGGGGCGGAUACAGACAAUGGAAACCUCCUCUCUGAGCUGCCGCUUCCUCCUCCACCGGAGGCCGAGGAGCUGGGCGGACUGACAUCACCGAGUGACGCCAACGCCAACGAGUCGCUGCCCUCGCCACCAGAGCUGGAUCCCGCUGAAGACGAGGAGGCAGAGGACGACAACAACAACAACAUGGGGGGCUCCGAGGCGUCGCUGCCCAGCCCCCUGCUGGAGGUCAGCACUCCAGAGGAGAGCGGCUCCGCCAGCUCACACACUCUGGAUAAGCGUACGAACCUGAAGAAGCCAGACUCUGAGCGGACGGGCCACGGCUUCAGGGUGAAGUUCAACCCUCUGGCUCUGCUGCUGGACGCCUCGCUGGAGGGGGAGUUUGACCUCGUCCAGAGGAUUAUCUAUGAGGUGGAGAACCCGAGCACGGCCAAUGACGAGGGCAUCACCCCCCUGCACAACGCCGUGUGUGCGGGACACCACCACAUAGUCAAGUUCCUGCUGGACUUUGGGGUGAACGUCAACGCUGCAGAUAGCGACGGAUGGACUCCACUCCACUGUGCCGCCUCCUGCAACAGCGUUCAUCUCUGCAAGGUGCUGGUGGAAUCAGGGGCCGCCAUCUUUGCCAGCACCAUCAGCGAUGUGGAGACUGCUGCAGAUAAAUGCGAGGAAAUGGAAGAGGGCUUCAUCCAAUGCUCCCAGUUUCUAUACGGAGUUCAGGAGAAGCUGGGCGUAAUGAACAAGGGCACGGUGUACGCUCUGUGGGAUUACAAAACUCAGAAUCCGGACGAGCUGGCGUUCAGCGAAGGAGACGCCAUCACCAUCCUGCGGCGGCAUGACGACAUCGAGACAGACUGGUGGUGGGCGAGACUCGAAGACACCGAGGGCUACGUGCCACGCAACCUGCUAGGGCUCUAUCCCCGGAUCAAGCCUCGUCAGCGCUCCCUGGCGUAAUGUCUCACUCCUCUCUCACUCCGCUGACCUCUGGCUAAUAGCUGGACUUGUGACACAAAGAGCAGAGAACAAACAAGCCUGGUGCUCUGCCUUCUUCCCGCGGCCGUAACCCCACCCCCCCCUCCCCCCCCCAGCAAGCAAUGGGCACCAAACUGACACACAUAUUUCCAUGUGCACACACACACACACACACACACACACACACACACACACACACACACACACACACACACACACACACACACACAUGCAACAAAACACUAGCACUCCAAAUGCGAAAAAUCUCUUAAACCACUCCACCCUGACCCCUACCCUCCUCCUCCUCCUCCUCUCAUCCUUUUGCUCAUUCAUUGUCCUAACUUGGUUUUACCGCCGUUAACUGAGAGCUGUGUGUCUACUUUAAGAUUAAAACACUAACUUAUGUUUAAGUAUUCAUUGCAGCCAUGAGUUCUUAAAUGGCACUGGUCUGUAUGACACUAUGGUAACUGAAAAAUGAUCUGUAAUGGUGAGACAUUACAGUUUUAUGUAAGUACAUUGUUAUCAAUUUAUUAUCCCAAUUUGAUCCCCUUGCAUGAUAAAAACACUGACGCAGAAAAAUGUGCUACGUGUUUUAUCUUGCUGUAGUCUAACCACCAAAGAUGAAUAUAGAUUUAACAAUGUUUUAAUCCUAUAACUCCCUAAGACCUCGCAUAAUUGUUGAGGUGGGGAGUGAGAUAAUCAAUUGAUUUGCUGCUUUCAGAAAUGAAUGAAGAUAAAGAAUCCCUUUUUCCCUCAAGAUUUAGAAGGGACAAAUAUUUUUAAAAAAUAGGUGUAGAUUCUCAGUAUUAACUACACAGGCCAGUCCGAACAAAUCCAGCGUAUUAAAGCAAAGAUGAACAUAAAUUGACGGCUCACAAAUUGUCAUGAAUUGAGUUUCAUGAACAUCAUUACAUGUUUUUUCAUUCAGUGUGAUCUGUUCAGAUUCUGUAUGCGGGAGUGUUAUGGGUUAUCCAGUUUGUAAUAUGAGAUUUCAAGAUCCAAAUAUUUACGCAGAGUUUGUAUUUUUGGUAAUCUGAUUGUCCUUGAAAUGAACGUCUCAUGCUAUUGUGAUUUGAAAUGGGCAACAAACAGUAUUUUGCUUUACCAAAAAAGGUUGCCAAAUUGAGAAGCUGUGUCUGCACAACAUCUGUAGAGUGUGAUCCAAGCUUACAAAUGUAAAUCUAUUAUAUUACUAUACGUAUUGCCGCAUUUAGAAAUAUAAAAAAAGUUGUUUUAAACUCCACAGCGGUGAGGCGGGCAAGAAUCAGCUCCACAGAGACAGAAAGAUACUAUUUAAUUUGUGCUAUUUUUAAGUCGUUACAGUAUGUAUAACCUUUUUUUAAGCAUUUAUUAUACUUUUAUUUUUUUCUGACUUCUGGCACUUGAUCUUUGCUUUUUCUAUGAUUUCACUUGACCACAUGGCAAAACACGUGCAAGCAGUAUUUUCUUAAUCAAAGGAAACCUGUCUUUUAAUGAAAUUCAGACACUCCACACCAGAAACACUCGCCCGUCCAUCAUACAGGCUUUGUAGACCUCACUAGACAAAGUGAACACUCAAUAUUUAUAUCCUUUUUUUUUUUUUAAUAUGUAAUGUCUCGUUAUCUUACGUUGCAGUUCUUGCUUUGAUGCUGUGACAAACAAACCCCACUUUAACUCAGGACCAACACGGUGCUGCUGACACAGUUCCAUCACUCAACUAGUGAUCAUAUUUCUAUUUUCUAUCACCACAAACAUCACUUUCUUUUGCGCAGCGAAACAAAUACACAGUCCAAAUUCAAAUAAAUCAAAUCAGUAAUGGGCAUAAGUAAUUGAUCGAUGAAGAGAUGGUUAUUGUGUUUAGAUUCAGAUUUUGAAUUCGCUACAGACAAUCCUGAAUUGACCCAGUUUUCUUCUUCCGGCUGCCCCCUUUCAGGUCUACACCACUCCAGUAACACUAAUACUUGUGUUGUUUGUCACAUAAUUCAACAGUCCAUCAACUUUUUCCUGAACCCUGAGUGACUGAGCGUAAUGCCAAGUGUGCUAGUGGCCCAUGCUUUAUCAUGGCUUCAUCUGCAUCUAGUGUGAGGAGAUGUGUUAUAUGUCUGUUUGCUGUAUGGAGAAGUGGGCUUGCUGUAUAAACGCUGUACUCACACAUUGAGUUCUGUAAAUGUGAAUAAUAAAACAGAAGCUCUGGCAUGACAAAUGUAUUUCAGUGUCGUAUCCGCAAAAUAAUUCAACGAAUGCAGUGUUGCAUUUUAUAAAAUGUUUAAAUAUUG